GAUCUACUACAAUGGCAAGAAGAAGAAGAAGCUCUCUAUCUCUCUCUUUCUCUCUAAAAAGAAAUUCCUGCUUGAAAAUGUAGAUAUUUCUCUUCCUUUUAAGCCAGACUCUAUAAUGUUCUUCAGUGUAGUCAGAGUUAGUUAGCUGUAGCAAUAAGCUGCUUGUUCUGCUCGCGGCCUCUGAAGGAUCUGGAGCGGCGCUAAAUCUCCGACACUCUGCUGGUCAACAAACUAGCGACUCCACGGGAUCCGAGAGAUGAGCUGCAGUGUCCUGGAUGAGGAGCAGUUCCGUCUGUCCUGCCAGCUGCUCCUUCAGCGCUCUGACCAGUUGGGGGAUGGCUGGAGCUGGGAAGCGGUUCAGGGCUCAGAAGAGGGCUACCUCAGAAAGACUGCACUAAGGUCAGUUCCUAGUGACUGGGGUCCACUUCAUGACCAGAAGGGGUUUAGUUCCCACCCACAGCCACAGACCCUGUGUGACUCUACUGGACAUGAAAAGGAAGAACAGGACCCAGCUGCCUCCACUGGUUCUGACUUCCUCAGAGCUGAAGAAGAAGAUGAUGGUAGCUACACAGUGACUAACAGCAGCAGCCUGGUGCUUCAGUACGAGUAUCACAUCCUGUUCUCCUGCAGCUACGGAGCUCCUGUCCUGUAUUUCAGAGCGUUCACUUUGGAGGGGAGGAGCCUGGCAUUAGAGGAGAUGUGGAGCACCAUCCACCCAAACUACAGGCUGUGUUUUCAGAACUGCCCUCUUAAUGCAAUAAGUCAGCAGGAGCACCCCUUGCUGGGCCAGCCGUUCUUUUUCUUUCACCCAUGUAGAACAGAGGAGUUCAUGGGACCUGUGCUGCAGGCUGCUCCAGAUCAAGGCAGGCCAGUGAACUAUGUGCUGUCAUGGCUGAGCGUGGUGGGGCCUGUUGUGGGUCUGGAUGUUCCGCUGCAGUACUGCACAGCUCUCCAUUCUACAAAACCUGACUGAAGCUGAACACACACACCUGCUGAUCUUCACACACACCUGGACAUGUUUGUCUUGUUUUUUCCAUGUAACUAUUUCUAAUACCCCAAAUAAUUAUGUUGGUAUAGGCAUACCAUUUGGUACCAUUUGGUACCAUUUUACAAAUGGUACAAUGGUACAAACUACACACACAAAGUAUAGUUUUUGUGUGUUUCACAAACUAUACUUAAUUUUCAUUUUGUAAACUGAAAACUUAUGUA